AUGGGUGUUGAAUUCGUUCAGUUUGAUCAGUUGAUUGUUCCUGAUGAAUAUCAUUGCCCCAUUUCUAAAGAAAUUGUGAAGGACCCUGUUAUUUCAUCUACUGGAAGAAAUUCUGGGAAUGAAAACUUUAUAUGGGAAAAUGCAAGGAGUCAAUUGCCUCCAAAUGUUAGGGUUGUGGAAAUGAGUAUGAAUGAUUCCUGGUUUUGUGAUUCAAGACCUACUGCGUUGAUGAUGGAUGCUAUAAGGAUUGGAGUCAUGACAUUCUUGUUUCAAGGAAGAUUGAUUUACCCCUCUUGUGGGUAUGGUUUUCGAUCUCCUUUAAAGGCGGUCACACAAUCGGAGGUCAAUCAAGAAUUGGAAAGACAAGAGGUUGAAGAAAUGUUAGAUGACUGUAUUAAAAUGUAUGCCCUUAAACAGGUUCCCUCUGAGAAAAUAUGCAUUGAGAAAGAGUCUAUAACUGAUGGAAUUUUGGAACUCAUAUCUGAAUUGGGGAUACAGAAAUUGGUGAUGGGUGCAGGAUCUAACAGCAGAUUUUUGAGGAUAAAACCAAAACCCACCUCAGAACAGUCUAAUGAAGUCCUUAAUAAAGCUCCUGAUUUCUGUCAUAUCUGGUUUGUAUACAAGGGUCGUCUAAUAUAUACAAGGGAAGCCACGAAGCAACUGAUCACCGCCAUCUAGAAGAAAAUCAGUUGAACAGAUUGAGCUAUUCAGAACAAUCAGUUGAUUCACC